AUGUUUGGAUUAAAUAAGGCAUCUUCGACACCUGCAGGUGGGCUGUUUGGUCAGGCCAGUGGAGCCAGUACUGGAAAUGCGAAUACUGGAUUUUCGUUUGGUGGGACUCAAGCUGGACAAAACACGGGUCCCAGUGCAGGUGGGCUAUUUGGCGCUAAACCUGCCGGAUCUGCUGGCGGGUUAGGUGCAUCGUUUGGCCAGCAGCAGCAACAACAACCUCAGACGAAUGCAUUUGGAGGAGGCGCCACCACCGGGGGAGGUCUUUUCGGUAACAAAUCUAAUAACACGGCAAGCACUGGCGGUGGGUUGUUCGGCGCUAAUUCCAACAAUAACUCUGGUGGUUUAUUUGGUUCCACCACCGCACCGACGAGCGGUAGUUUGUUCGCUAAUAAUAAUAAUAGUAGUAGUAUGAAUAGUGCAAACACCGGACUAUUUGAUUCUAAACCUGUAGGAGGCUCUUCUUUGUUCGGCAAUACAAGCACCUCUUCAGCCCCUGCACAGAGCCAGGGUAUGUUUGGUGCCAAGCCGGCAGGUGCAUCACUAUUCGGAAAUAACGCAGGUAAUACGACCACUGGUGGAGGGUUGUUUGGUUCCAAACCGACGGGAACAACGUCUUUGUUUGGUUCAUCAAAUAGCAACAACAACAACAACAACACGAGUGCGCCAGGCGGGCUAUUCGGUAAUCAGCAGCAGCAACUACAGCAACAACCACAAGUGCAGUGUGCAUUGCAGAAUCUAUCCCAACUCCCUAUCACGCCAAUGACACGGAUUUCCGAGCUGCCACCUCAAAUACGUCAAGAAAUUGAACAGCUUGAUCAAUACAUUCAAAAACAAGUGCAGAUCUCGCACCAUUUGAAGGCAGAUACAACCGAUCACGAUGAAUUGAUAGAUUCCAUUCCCCGUGAUGUUGCAUACCUACUGAAGUCAGAAUCUGCAACAAGUCAAUAUUUAAAGCAAGACUUGAAGAAAAUAUCCUCAUUUAAAUCACUGAUCGAUGAAGACCUUUUAGACACGCAAACUUUUUCUGUGCUCUUACAGCAACUAUUAACCCCAGGCAGCAAAAUUUCUUCUAAUGACUUGGACAGAUUCUUCCAAAAGAAAAUUCACCUCUAUGAGAAAAAGUUGGAGGAUUACUGUCGUAUUCUCUCGGAUAUAGAAACUGCGGUAAAUGGCAUUGAUACAGACUUAUUUGGCGCACCAAAUAAUGCUAAUUCUACAGCCAUCACAGCAGACCUAGUUUCAUCCGAAGCAGAAAAUCUGCUGCAGUUAAAGACAGGAAUAGCUGCUAUAGUUUCUACUGUCAUUGAAGAAUUCACACUGUUUAUGGAUAUCGCUGAGAGAAUCGCUGUGCUGCACCAGAAAACGAAAACACUGGCAUCGUUGAGCAUAUGA